AUUGAAAAAAUUAAAGGCAGAUGUGGUUUGAAGUUUGAUUGAAUGGCGUAGUGGAUGGAUUGAGGUUAUUGGAGUACAUUUUCUUUGAAUUAUUAUAUUUUUAACGUUUGACUGCAGGGUUUCAUUCACCUUUAGCAUUAUACUCUUGAUUGAGUUUCUUUUAUUCACUUUCAAAGGCCACAAUGUAUUGUUUACAAUGGCUAAUUCCAGUGUUAUUAAUUCCAAAGCCAGUCAACCCAGCCCUUUUACAGACUCAUGUUGUGUUUAUGGUUCUUUAUUUGACAGGGUUCUUCCUUGAGAGGAAACCUUGCACAAUUUGUAGCUUAGUGUUUCUGGCAGCCGUGUUUUUAAUAUGUUACAGUGGUGUUGGAAACUGUCUCUUCUGGAGCUCCAAUUGUGACUCGGUGCGUUGUGAAAAUGGUUGAUAGUGAUUUAUAUGCAAAACUAUCUCCCAGCAUUUUUGGAUUUGUGGCAUGAUUUUGUCUGAGAGAUUUUUAAUCAUUGGAAGUUUAAAAUUGUUCAACAUUUUACUUUUUGUUAUGAAAAAUGUCCAAACCCAUUUUUUGUUUAUUUAAAGGACUGAAAGUUAUGAUUAAUAAAUUUACAGAUACAAAUGUUGCCAAAGACUGGAAGAAACAAUAAAUGAAUAACUUAAGAUUCAGUAACUGAUAAAAUUUUCACUCAGUUUUAUCCUGUAAAUAUUAUAAUUUUAUAUUGUAACACUUUCAUCCUUUUUAUUAGAUAAACCACUGUUAACAGUAUAGGCUAGCUUAUCAUACUGUUGUUAUUAUCAAAUUGUUCAGAAUAGAGAUUGUUUUAUAUCCUGAUAUUUGCAGUUUUUAUGUGUUCAUGAGUGAGUAAAUUGUAGUAUUUGUGAGUUUUAGAAAUCGAAAGAAACAAUUUUUACUUCUGACUAACUUAGAUUUAUGUAAUACUUUUUCAUUCAGAGUUAACUUAUUUUUCUGUAUAUUACUUGCAGAAUAAAUAAAAAAACUUUUCAUUGCUUCAUAUAUUACCAAAGUUUAAACUUGUUAUACUUAAAAAGAAUUACAGUAGCCAAUAGAAACAAUAAUUUCAUAGUGUAGUAAAGAAGAGGGUUCUCAGAUAAAAAAAAACUGUAUUUGAAUGACAAAACAUGUUAUAAUUGUGAAAUGUAAGGAAAAAACCCCAAGAAAAAGUGGCUACUAGCUGUAGGAGAGUUGAUGGCUGCAAAUGAAAUUAGUAUUUGAUUAUUUAUGAGUGUAGGUUGAAAUGUUCACUAUAAAUACGAGAAUUUUUAUCAUUAUACCUAUUUUAUUCAUUGUGGGGAUCUCCUAUUUCUAAAUAAGUAAAAUUCUCACACAUACCUUGUGGUCUGUUAUGCCUAACAAUGAAAUUUUAACCCAUUUAAAGCAAAGAUAGCUUUUUAAAUCUGGUGAAAAAGGGCUGGAAUAUAAUAAGUGACCAUCACCACCAUCGAAUCAGAGAACCAAAUUAUUUAUUAGAAAUACCUGUAGUAUUGAGCACAAAAACAUUCUCGUUAAAGGUUAUUAUAGGCCUAGUUAUUUAAAAUUAAUUAUUGGCAGCUUUUUUAAUGUGUUGAAUAACACUACUGUUCAAAAUUAAUCCAAACAAAGUGUAAUAAUCAUUCUAGUAAUUAUUUGAGUAAUUGCUACAAAUACAAUGGGGAUCAUCAUGUGAUAUUUGUAUCUAAAGUUAUCAGAAACAACUAUCCUUCAAAAUAGUAAGAAGUAACUUAUGCUACACCUGUAGGUUUGUUACAUAUACAGUAUAAUAAAUACAUAGUAUUUUUAAUCAUCAUUAAAUUAUUACUUUUUUUAAAUAUUCAAAUAACUGAACCAAACUGUAAUUUGAAAUACGUAUAACGUAAUUUGGUUCAACAUUUUGAUUUGGGUAGUUUAGGUAAUUUACCGAUCAUGUAAUGUUUAUUGACCAGACCAAGAAUUCCUAAUUGUGUAGUAUAAAAAUAGGUAACAGUACUAUCGAGGUUUCAGCAACACCCACAAUGAAAGUAUGUGAAAGUCCUAAAAUAAUUAUUUAUGGUGUCAAUUAAAAUUUUAUUAUUUCAAAAAGUGAUAAACAGAGAUCACAUUAAUUUGUUCUUAAAACUAAGCAAAAAUCUAAUGUUUGUAUAUUUAAAUAAUAAAUUUGAAUGUGAUAUUUGAUAAGAUAUUGUGAUAAGUAAAGAAUGUAUAUAAACUUAGUUUAGUAGGACAUAAUUUAGGCCUACUUUUGUAGUUGUGGUAAUGUUUUUGUAAACUUGAAGUUGUGAUGUGUAGCUUAUUAAAUUUUUAAAAUGUAUUAAAAGCCACAGAUAACUAACUAUUAAGAACGUCAGUUAUGAAUAAGUUUUACGUUAUUUGCAAUUUACCAGCAUAGAACAUUUCUUAGAUAUAUAUAUUUUAUUGUUCAAUUAAACUAAAUUGUUAUAACCAA